GGUUACAAGUUCUAACUUAGUGUUUUAGGGAACUAAGAUGUGAUAUUUAAGUCUCUCUCCUGCUCGUUUGUGUUUGCGUCACACUUUGAGAGCCUCAGCUUUAGCCUGAUGCUUCAUGAGGUUUGACUUCCUGUAGGUUUUGCGACAUUGCAUUGUGAGUGUGUGAGAGGGCCUAACGUUCCAUUGAACUCCAGAUCAACACCCAGUCAACGGUAGAAACGGAUGAUGGCGAUGGUGACUAACCGACUUGGGUGUUUACCAGUUCUUGUUUUGCUGCUGACUUUGAGCAGUUUGGUCACGUCAAGAUCUCUUCAGACUAAAAGGCAAAUUAGUCACAACGAGACAUCGAUAAACACCAACGACACACACAGUACAGCAACCGUAGCUCAAGCCGAGAAUGCAACAAGCACCACUGUGGAAACUUUGAAGGCUUCGAGUACGUUACAGACAGCAACUGGAAUACCUGAUUUCAAUAUCUCAGCAACUACAGACUACCACCAUGCUCCAGAUUUGAACCACACCCAACAAAGCUAUGCUGCAGGAACCGAGAACCUGACAGUCCACCGCUCAACAAAUAACGAGAGUGCUUUUCACACCCAACUUCCCACAAUAAAUAACAGUACUGGACACAUUUCACAUGCAGGAAGUUCUGCCCCCACAUUUCCUGCAUCGCUGGAGCCCGAUAAGGUGACAGAGAAGCACACGACAGCAACGAUGACGACAAGAAUAUCCACAGAUGCAAAAAAAAUUACCGCUCAAGUUACUUCAACCAUCUCUAAGAAAUCAACCACAACAACGACCCACUCAUGUUCCACUGCCUCUUCUCAAAGGGACGGACUUGUGAGUCGUUGCCUCAUCGCCAUUGCCUCGAUGGCUGCGUUGACCACCAUCUUUAUCAUUAGCACCAUCUGCCUGGCUACCAAACUCUCGGGAUACAGGCAUAAGGCACAUCUUCUCCAGGAAACUGAGAUGGUCUGCAUUUCUGCCAUGAUGAACGAUACCGAUCACCCGGUUCCAAAGCCAAGAAGACAUCCCAAAAGUAACGGAGCGUUGAUCCCCAAUACUGAGGAUGAAGAUCCUGACGGAGAUAAUCUCACUCUAAACAGCUUUCUUCCCGAUACCGAGGGCCCUCUUUAGAAGUUUAGACCUGUAUGCACUGAGAAACAGGAUGCAGCAUGGGAUUUUUUGUGCUCAGGUUUGACCCAAACCCAGCUCUAGAAUGGUUUGCGCUGUCCUCAGUUUGUCUGUGGUACAGGUUUAUCAGUUUUCUCACUCAAUGAAGUUCUAGCAAUAAUCUGAUGCCUGGCUUUUAAAACGACCAUUUUAUGAUUUGCUGUACAAUAAUCCACAUCUUUUAUUUAAUCCGUGGGACAUUUCAUUGUUU